AUGCUCCUCCCUGCCCCCUGGUCUCACCCUCCUCAUCCUUUGAUGCUGCUGACUCUACUGCUGGGACUCCCAGGGGUGGGAGGAGAGGAGCUGCAGGUGAUUCAGCCUGACAGGUCAGUGUCAGUCACCGCUGGAGAGAGAGCCACUCUGCGCUGCACUGUCACCGCCCUGGUCCCCGUGGGGCCCAUCAGUUGGUUCAAGGGAACUGGGCGAGACCGAGAAUUGAUCUACAGUCCAAAAGUCCACUCCCCCCGGGUAACAAGUAUCACAGAUCACACAAAGAGAGACAACUUGGACUUUUCCAUCCGCAUCAGUAACAUCACCCCAGCAGACGCUGGCACCUACUACUGUGUGAAGUUCCAGAGAGCAACUCCUGAAAACGUGGAGCUUAAGUCUGGACCAGGCACUGAAGUGUCUGUGAGUGCCAAACCCUCUGUCCCCGUGGUAUUGGGUCCUGCUGCAAGGGUCACAGCUAAGCAGACGGUCACCUUCACCUGCAAGUCCCAUGGCUUCUCCCCCCGAGACAUCACCCUGAAGUGGUUCAAAAAUGGGAAUGAGCUCUCAAACAUCCAGACCACCGUGGACCCCGCAGAAGAAAAGGCCUCCUACAGUGUACACAGCACUGCCAGGGUGGCGCUGGACCCCGGAGAUGUCCACUCUCAGGUCAUCUGUGAGGUGACCCAUGUCACCUUGCAGGGGAUCCCUCUCCGUGGGACUGCCAACUUGUCUGACACCAUCCGAGUUCCACCUACCUUGAAGGUUACCCAGCAGCCUAUGAUGGCGGGGAACCAGGUAAACGUCACCUGCCAAGUGGAGAGGUUCUACCCUGGGAAACUACAGCUGACCUGGCUGGAGAAUGGAAAUGUGUUCCGAACCGAAAUAGCCUUGACCCCCAGGAAGAACAUGGAUGGGACAUACAGCUGGACCAGCUGGCUCCUAGUGACCUCCUCUGCCCUCAGGGACAGCAUGGUGCUCACCUGCCAGGUGGAGCAUGAUGGGCAGCCUCUAGUCACCAGAAGCCAUACCCUGAAGCUCCCUGGCCACCCGAAGGAUCAGGAUUCAGUCACCACCCCUGAUCUGGGAUCAACUCCUGUUGGGCCCUUGCUGGUAGCCUUCCUCCUGGGCCCUAAGAUGCUGCUGAUGGUGGUUGUGGCUGCUGUCUAUGUCCACAGGAAGCAGAAGGCCUGACUGUAUCUGAGCAGACAGGACUCAGGAAGGGGAGUCAGGACUCAGGAAGAGGAGCUUGGACUGGGAGUGCAGAUGAGUAGGCAGAGACCCAUCUCAGGGACAUGCAUCCCAGGAGGAGACCAGCACUGGGGACAUAACAGGCUCUCAGGAACAAUGAGCAGAGAGAUGAUUAAAUGUGGAUAUGUUUCUCUUCAGUGCCUUCCUUCCUCCUCUGUCACAUG